UACACUUACUGACUUACCUAUUUAACUCCGACCAUCAUAUAACCACCGUACAACCACUACCCAAAUCCUUAGUAUCUCCACCAAAGUAAAGAUGUUGGUUCUUGUACCGCCGUCUCUACAUCUCCUUCUUUCCCCCUUUGCAGCUGCUUUCCUGUUUUUUGUGACACUAAUCGUUUGUAACUUCAUAUGGCGUCGAAAUGGCCUAAAGAAAAAUGAACGGCUGCCACCGGGCUCGAUGGGUUGGCCAUACAUUGGUGAAACACUUAGCCACUAUAAACAAAAUCCCAACACUUUCUUCUCGAUACGUCAAAGAAGGUAUGGAAAUAUAUUCAAGAGUCACAUAUUGGGAUGCCCAUGUGUUAUGAUAUCAAGCCCUGAGAUAGCCAAAAUAAUUUUGGUCACUCAAUCUCAUCUUUUUAAACCCACAUACCCUAUAAGCAAAGAGAAGUUGAUUGGCCCUCAAGCCAUUUUCUUUCACCAAGGUUCAUAUCAUUCUCACCUCAAGAAAUUGAUCCAAUCUUCAUUUCUUCCUUCUGCCAUUAAAGGCUCGGUUCACGAAAUCGAAAACAUCGUCCUUGAUCUUCUUCCCACUUGGGAGAAAACCAAAACCAUCAACACCUUGCAUGAAAUGAAAAAGUAUUCAUAUGAAGUGGCGAUGUUAUCAAUAUUUGGGAACAAGUUAGAAGUGAAAGAUGUGGAAGGAUUCAAGCAUUUGUAUCAUUGUAUUGAGAAAGGAUACAAUUCAAUGCCAUUGGAUCUUCCUGGAACUCCAUUUAAGAAAGCUAUGAAGGCAAGGAAUCUUUUAAAUGAGAGGUUAAGGAAGAUGAUAAAGAAGAGAAGGGAGAGUGGGGAGCAUGGAGGAGGAUUGCUUGGGCUAUUAUUGGGACUAAAGGAAAAAUGUCAAUUGAGUGAUACACAUAUAGCAGAUAAUAUAAUUGGAGUCAUUUUUGCAGCCCAUGAUACAACGGCUAGUGUUCUAACAUGGCUCCUCAAGUACUUGCAUGAUCAUCCACAUAUCCUAGCUAGUGUCAAGAUGGAACAAGAAGAAAUUCGGAGCAAGAGAUUGGAGGCUAAUCGUGGGAUUACUUGGGAUGAUAUUAGACGAAUGUCAUUAACUACCCGCGUGUUACAAGAGACGCUGAGAGCCGCAAGCAUAUUGUCCUUCACGUUUCGUGAAGCAAUCAAAGAUGUAGAAAUAGAAGGAUAUUUAAUCCCUUGUGGUUGGAAGGUUCUUCCGCUCUUUAGAACCAUCCAUUACUCCUCUGACUUCUUCCCUGACCCUGACAAGUUCGACCCUUCAAGAUUUGAGGUGGCACCCAGAGCGAACACGUACAUGCCAUUUGGGAAUGGAGCUCAUUCUUGUCCAGGAAGCGAGCUAGCUAAGGUUGAAAUGCUCAUUCUACUACACUACUUGACUACCUCCUUCAGAUGGGAAGUGUUUGGAGACGACGAUGGCAUAGAGUACAUCCCUUUCCCGGUUCCAAAACAAGGCUUGCCUAUCAAAAUCCAUCGUUUAAGUGAGUGUGACGCCUUCGAGAGCUAAUGGUAUAAUUGUCAAGGGAAUUCAAAAUAUAAAUUAGCUUAGGGUAGAGGCAAACAAAUAGCAGAAACAGAAGUAUAAUGUAAGGUUUCGUAUCUGUUGAUCAUCAAUAUAUAAGAAAGUUUUCUGUUUCUGAAUUUCA